AUGGCCUCUGGAUACGGACUUCACGGAGGCCCAUCGCGGUGCUUCCCCUACUGGCAGGAGCUUCUUGGCUGCUAUGUCGUCAACACCAACGGCGAGGAUCACUCAGAGAAGAAGAAGUGCGGAUUGGCUCUGGAGGACUACUACGAGUGCCUGCACCACAAGAAGGAGGCUGCGAGAACGAGAGCGCUCCAGGCUGCCUACCGAAAGGCUGAGUCUGCCAGUGCACGAGACAACGCACCGAGCGCGGGGCAAAUACGCAACCUAGGGCUACUCGGCAAGGAGGACGACACGAAGGUCGUAACGGGGUCGAGUUGA